ACAAACCAACUAAAUGAGUACCUAAUCGCUUCAUUCAUAACAAUGGUGCGGGCGCGCGGGGGGCGGGGAGCGGCCGCUGAAGGAUCCUGAAGCGCGGUGGCGCGGGUGGUGCCGGCCGCAGGGGAUGGCCAGUGUCGUUGUAACCGCGGCGCGCAACGGACGUGCCUCGCAGCGCGGGUGAAGUGAUGACCGAGAGAUGAGGGCCGCCUGGCUGAUACUAGUGUGGGCGGGCGCGGCGGCGGCGUGCGGACCGGGCCGCGGCUUCACCGGCCGCCGGGGGCCGCGCCGCCUCAUGCCGCUGGUCUUCGGCCAACACGUGCCCAACCACGGCGAGAACUCGCAGUCCUCCAGCGGGCCGCCCGAGGGCCGCAUCACCCGGGACGACGAACGGUUCAAAGACUUAGUGCCCAACUACAACCCGGAUAUAGACUUUAAGGACGACGAGGGCACCGGCGCUGACCGGCUGAUGACGCAGCGCUGCAAAGAGCGCCUGAACACGCUGGCCAUCAGCGUGAUGAACCAGUGGCCGGGCGUGCGCCUGCGCGUGGCGGAGGGCUGGGACGAGGACGACUCGCACCUGGACCGCAGCCUGCACUACGAGGGGCGCGCGGUGGAUGUCUCCACCAGCGACAGAGACCACGCCAAGUAUGGGAUGCUGGCCCGCCUGGCGGUGGAAGCGGGCUUCGACUGGGUCUACUAUGAGAGCCGGAGUUAUAUACAUCUGUCGGUUAAGACUGAAUCAUCUGGUUCAGGCGCGGGCGCGGGCUGCUUCCCGGGCGGCGCGCUGGUGCGGACGCGGCUCGGCCCGCGGCCCGUGGAGCUGCUGGCGCCCGGGGACCAGGUGCUGGCCGUCGACGCCACCGGCAAGGUCGUCUACUCUGAGGUGUUAACCUUCCUGGACCGGGACCCUUCAGCGCGGCGACGCUUCGUGCGCGUGACGGCGGAGAGCGGCGCCGUGCUGACGCUGACCCCCUCGCACCUGCUGCUGCUGGCUGCUCCCGACGCCUUCCGCUCCGCCUUCGCCGCCGACGUGGUGCCCGGCGACGUGGUGCUCACCCGUGGCUCCGGCGCCGUGCUAGUACCCUCCAGGGUAGUCGCCGUCGACUACGUGGAGCUCAAGGGAGUCUACGCGCCGCUGACAAGCGAAGGAACCAUCUUGGUGGACGACGUGCUGGCGUCGUGCUACGCGGUGGUGGCGAGCCACGGCGCGGCGCACGGCGCGCUGGCCCCGCUGCGCUGGCUGGCCGCGCUGGGCGCCGCGAGGGACGUGCCCCGCGGCGUGCACUGGUACGCCAGCUUCCUCUACUCCACGGCCAAGUACCUCCUGCCCAAGUCCUACACCUAUGGGUAAGCGAGUCUCGAGACUCUCUGGAGACUAGCUGCUGUUUCACCUCGUGGGACGACCUCGCGCGCCGGACGUGCCUCCUGUACAUAGACUGAACAAACGUGUAAAUAUUAAUUUUGACGGACAAUAUUGUACAUAGAAUUAGAUGAAUGUUCUUCCUAUAUGAGCUCGACGACGAUAUACAUCACUGGAAACCGUCGGGUUUUAUUUAUUAAGUAGCCGUAAGGAGAUCAGUUUAGCGUGUUUGCAUAUUAUUUAGUUGACGUAUUUACGAUUACUUGUAAAUUGUGUCUGUAUUGUUAUUCUGCACAAUGCAGAAAUACUUAAAUGUAUGCGCUUAUGUACUGUUAAGUCUUACCUAUGUAAUUGUAUCUAAAGUUAAUGUGAUAAGAUAUAUUUUUAGUUAAGUUAAUCUGUAUAAAAAUCUUUACUUGUGUAAAAUUACUAUUUUCUUUAACUCGAAACAGUAUUGGAUUCUUCUAUACAAUUUAUUUCUCCGUGAAUUUUAGUCGCAACUAAACAUUCCAAUUUUGUAUUCUUUUUGCAUGUUUACAAAUAACUAGACGACAUGAGAUGUGAUUGCGGCGCCACUGCAGUGCCUUAACAUUAUUAUUUAUUAUAAAUAGUAUUUAACUCUUAUGAAAUUAAGUAUUUAUAAAUUAAACCUCGACGUAGUUCGUACUUGAAAAAUUUAUUAUCUUGCUUGACCUGGUGUUAUUUUUAUUUAUUUACUUUUGUGCGCUGUUCUUCCUAACUUUUAAUUUAUUACUUAUUUCUUUUUGACUUUAACUAAAAUUAAACGCUUUAUAACACGAACUUGAAAUUAUGAUUAGGAAACUUUGAAAGUGUGAAGUCUAAAGGGCUGAAAGAUUGUGAACUGUAAAAUUACUGACUUAUUGCUGUAAAACUGAGAAUCAAAUUUUCCUGAAACUAUAAAUUCAACUAACUCUUUCUGAUCCAAUGAGUUUUGAUCGAGAACUGUAGUUUAGGUUCUUAGAAUGACCGACAUACCUACUAUUAUAUUCGGAGCUAUACAUUAUUAUGGACUUUGUCAAAAUAACUGAAACAUAGUAAGUAAGCAUACAAAUUACCUUUCAGUAAGCCAUAAUUUUGCCAUAAUACAUGUUUUACAUUAUAAGUUGACGUCAGAAUAACUUCCCGUAUAUGUACCUACAUCUCCAAGGAACAUUAUGAGUAAUAACAAUUUAAAUAUAAUUUAAUUGUUCAUGUAUUUUCAAUAUAAAUGUAGUAUAUGUGGGAUAUAAUGUAUGCUAUAAUAAGUACUAAAUAUUAUGUUAAAUGAAUUUUCAAUAUCCUGCGAAUGUAAAUAUUCUGCAAAGAAAUCAACACUAUAGAAUAUCUCUAAAAAUCUGCUAUUUCCAAACCUGUUACAAUUUAAUUAAAUAUGGUAAAUGGAGCUCUGCACAAAGUUUAAAAUAAAAUAGUUUCAAAUUGGUACCUACCCUACCAGACCAGCCAUUUGUGUAAAUUAGAUACCUACUUAAUGUAAUUGAGCUUUUUAUAUUAUUUAUUUAUUGAUGUUAUUUUUGUAUCGACAUAAAAAAGCCUUCAAUUUCAAA